AUGUGCGCCAAACGGGAGCGGGCUGGAGCUCUCCUGCGCUACACGGGGAUUGAGGCAGUGGGCAUCUUCUCUCCAUCGGCCAUUAACAGCACGCGCAUGCGCAAAACUCCACCAUGUGAUCAGGACCCGAGAACAACAACAACACGGAUGAAGCCCACCCACGUGACCCGACAUCUGCGACAUCCCGUGAACGCAGCAGAUAAAGGGGUGUGUCGAGGCGUGGGGGUUAUAAAAGGUGGGCUUUGCGCCUCCGGAGUCAUUCACCUUUCCUCCCCCAGCAGAUCAGAGCGCCUCUAUCACAGCCGAUAUGAAGACGCUGCGCGUGGUCCUUCUCGCAUCGCUGCUGCUGGUUCUCCAGCUCAGCUCACAGGUGGCCUGGGGGCGGGUGUCCACGGCGUCCCCGGCGUCCACGGUCAAGUCGUCUACGGUCAAGGCCUCUACGUUCAGCGCAUCCACGUUGUCCACUACGACCGCGGCGUCCACGGUCAAGGCGUCCACUGUCAAGGCGUCCACCCUUUCCACGCUGAAGACUACGACCUCUCCAAGAACCAGGCCUCCGACAGGGACCGGCUCCCGGGGUCCCGCCGCCUGCACGCCGCUGCUGGCUCUCCUGGCUCUCCUCCACGGCUGGUCCGGAUGACUGGAUCCGAAUCGGCCUGGACUCCAUGGAAACUUUAGGUCUUCCUAAAGGAGGUUUAAUAAAAAGCUGGGUUUCCUCCUGAACUCAGAGAACAGGAGUGACUCGUGGAGGUGAUCCUGUUUCUGGUGGCACUGAUUAUGAAGUUUGUAUAAAUGCUGUAAAACAUUUGGGACUGAAAGGCUGUGCUUCGAUGUAAACUGAAUAAAACUAAAAUCUAAGACCA